AGUGCAAGGCUGUUAAAAAAAAAAAAAAAAACGGGAAGUGACUAUAUACAUCUGGACACAUCUCGGAUUUAGUGUUAUUGCAUCAAUUCCCAGCAGGAUUGAAGUUAAAAAAAAAAGAGGUGUGUCUAAAACUCGGCGCUGCAUUGGUGAAGCUCGACUGUCAGCUGGACAAUUCGGAUCAUUCCUAAGAGCUUUGUUUUUGCGGUGUGAUGGAAACGAGUUUCCUACCAUCUCUGUCUCUGACAUGGAGUCUAGUCGUACUGGCAGUCACACUGUUGUUUAUUUACAGUGUUUGGCCGUAUGGAUUUUUCAAAAAACUGGGGAUCCCAGGACCGAGGCCUUGGCCCUUCAUUGGAACCUUCCUGUCCUACAGAAAGGGUUUUUACAAUUUUGAUACGGAGUGCUUCAAGAAAUAUGGAAAGGUUUGGGGGAUAUAUGAUGGAAGACUACCAAUUCUGAUGAUCUUAGAUCUUGAAAUGAUCAAGGCUAUUAUGGUAAAAGAAUGCUUCUCUACCUUCACUAAUAGAAGGGACGUAAAUAUGGAUUUGGCUGGUCCCUUCACUGAUGGAAUAUCUUCAGUAAAAGACGAAAAGUGGAAACGAAUCCGUGCUUCGCUCUCUCCAUUCUUUACAAGUGGACGACUUAAGGAGAUUUUUCCUAUUGCUGAGAAAUAUGCAAAUCACUUUACUGACAAUUUGAAGAAGAGAAACCCAAGAGAAGCAGUCAAAAUUAAAGAUGUCUUUGCUCCCUAUAUGAUGGAUGUGGUCACCAGUGCCUCCUUCAGUGUUGAAAUUGAUUCCAUUAACAACCCUGACGAUCCGUUUGUCGUCCAGCUCAAGAAAUUUUUGAACAUCAACUUCUUCAGUCCCUUAAUCCUGAUAAUUACUUUAUUUCCCUUUAUGGUUCCACUUUUAUCCAAACUGGGGAUGACCCUGUUUUCAAAAUCAGCUAUGGACUUUUUCUACAGCGCGCUGAAAAAGAUCAAAGACCAGCAUAACACGAAUGAAAAAAGGCGAGUGGACUUCCUGCAGCUCAUGAUCCAAAGCCAAAUAUCUGAUGAGCAAGCUGAGAAGGCUGAUGAUCAACCAAGCAAAGGCUUGACCGAUCACGAGAUUCUUUCCCAGUCCUUCACUUUCAUCCUGGCAGGCUAUGAGCCCACCAGCACUACCCUCACUUAUCUCCUGUAUAAUCUCACAGUUAACCCCGACUGCAUGAGCAAACUGGUGGAGGAGAUUGACAAAACCUUUCCUCUUGAUGCUCCAGUGACCUACGAUGCGUUGAUGAAGCUUGAGUACCUGGAAAUGGCCAUUAAUGAGUCAAUGCGUCUCCACCCUACUGCUCCUCGUCUGGAGAGGUUGUGCAAGAAGACUAUAGAGCUCAAUGGAAUCACCAUUCCUAAAAACACUCUGGUCGGAAUUCCUACAUACGUUCUGCACAGGGAUCCACAGCUCUGGGAGUCUCCUGAAGAGUUCAGACCUGAGAGGUUCAGUGCCGAGAAUGACAUCAACCCCUGCAUGUUUAUGCCGUUUGGUCUUGGGCCUCGUAACUGUGUGGGAAUGAGAUUUGCUCUGAUGAUCAUGAAACUGGUGAUAGUGAAGCUGCUGCAGAACUUUAGUGUGGAGACGUGCAAAGAGACGCAGAUUCCCAUUCAAUUCAAUGCUCUCUUACAACCAAAAGUUCCGGUGACUCUGAAGUUCAUUCCAAGAACGCACAAAAAGGAAUAGUUCAGCAUGAUUUCACUGUGGCUGUGAUUUUGUUUUAUUUCACAGUGUGCACUGUAUGUUUGCAAACAUGAUGCACUAAUAACCACCUUUUCAAUUUAGUGGCGCUUUAAGUUUUACUCUAUGGCUAUAUUGUGAGUGUUAAAUACAGCAAUUUAACAACACUUUUUUUUUUACAUAUUAUUGCUUAAUUGUAGAUUUACUGUCAGUAAGGGCUUUCAUUUCAACUCACUUAAGGAAGAAUAUUUGCAUGAUUGGUCCAAGUAUUAAUCCAUAGGGAGAACACUUUUUUUUUUUUAGCAGUAUAUGCCAGUGCUCCAUAGAGGAUGCCUUAAUACUCUAUUUUAUACUCCUAUACUGAAGAUAAUUAUAUUGAAGAAUAAAGAUAAUUCAAUAACCAUGGAGGUUGGCCUUGGUUGCAUUAGUUUGUCUUUUUUUUUUUUUUUUUUUUGAUUUGAAAGAGUCCAGCAAUGCCUAGGUAUUUUAAAGUGCAUCUGUCUGGCCUGUAAUAAUCUUCUCAUGGUCUCCAAAUAGCUUAUAGAGGAUAUCACUCCUAACUUAAAUGUUUAAAAGAUUUGAUGAUACUAUAAUUUGUUGUGCCCCCAUCCAUACACAACAGUUGUGUAUUCCAUAGUUUGCCUACAUCUGAGGUAAUGAAAGUUCCAGCAGAAAUUUUUAUAAAUGUUAUAAUGCCUCUUUGGAUCAAUUUCUUAUGCUAUUUUUUACCAUAUUAUUCAGAGGUGACUUAGACAUUCAUACUUUUUAAUAGGGUUAUUAAGGCCUGCAAGUUAAGAGAAGUACAGUGUAUUUUGCUUUUUACAUUAUGGGCUGUAAUGGAGUUGCAGCAAUUUCACAAAAUUACUUUUUAUAGUAUUUAAACAAGGCUGCCAACAGCAAGGCCACUGCAUUUCACACUGCCUGUGAUCUAUAUCUCUGGCAAAAUAGCUUUGUGUGUUUACAUCAGUUUUAUUGUGUAUAAAAUAAGGCUGUCAAACGUAAUGCUUUCACUUCUAAUUCUUUAAAGAGCUUAUUUGUUUAUUAACACAUUUUACACAAAGCCUGUUUUAUGAACCGUGCCAGCCGGCCUAGAAUCUAUAAAUUAUUCUUUAAAAUAUUUCUAGGAAAUAUGAAAGAUGGUGGUAUACUUGCAGCACUAGCAGGGUGUUGCAGCUGUCCUGCCGAUUGAGCAGAAUUAAAAAUUAUUGCUUGUUUUUCUGUGCCUGGCUCUGUAAUGGAUUAUGGUUGUGACUGUGAUUUUACCAGUGGGAUAUGUAAGGGAGCAAUGUGUGAAAUAAACCAUAUAUCCUCAAAGGGCCUGUAAAAAAUUUUGCAUCUUUUUUAAAAAAAAAGGGAAGAGGGCCCAUUAAUUUAUGAAAGAGCCUUGCAGUUUACAGUCGCUUUUGUUUGAAUACCCAGAACUGUUCAGAGCAACCUGGGGCAGACAAGAUAGUGAUUUAGCUGACUUUAAAAGAGCUUUUGAUUCUGUUUGGUACACCAGACUAUUUUAUAAUCCUCUAAAAUGUGGUGUAUGUGGUAAAGUAUAUGACAUCAUCACGUCCAUAUACUUAAACAGUAAAUGUGAAAAAAAAAAAAGACAAUAAAAUAGCAUGAGACAGGGCUGCAGUUUAAGUCCAACCCUGGUCAAUAUUUUGGUGUUAGUGGUGUUACUGGAAAAAUCUGCAGUUCCUGGACAACCAGGGUCUGAUGUCAUCCCCUGAACAGUGGUUACAACAGCACCUGGAUUUGCUGGAGCAAUACUAUGGGCCUGAAGGAAAAUCUAGAAAAGACCAACAUUUUCAUCUUCCAAAAGAAAGCCAGAUCUCAGGAAAGCAGACACCUGUUUACUGUAAGAAACAGUGUGUUACGAUCACCAGCUGGAGUGCCCAUGUACUCCACUAGAGGGCACUCCACCCCAGACUCUUGCCAUUGUUCUCAGGACUGGAGUUCCUUGCCCCACCUGUGUCAUGUGCUACCCUUGUUUGUGUGUUAUGUUCGGAUUGGUUCC